AUGUUUACCCGAGCCAUUGCGGCCGCCGCCAGCCUCCUGGUCGCAUCCGCUUCCGCCAACUCCAAGCGCGGCCUGGUCUUCACUCCUAACUCGACCUUCCCGGACGACGCCUACAUUUGGACUGCCCCUCCCACCGACUUGACAUGGUACUAUAACUACAAACCGCUGCCUUCCCAAAUCUACUCGAACGUGUCCCAAUCAGACUUUGAGUUUGUCCCCAUGCUCUGGGGCGCUCCCUCCGACAUCAGUGACAAGUCCUUCUACAAUACCAUCAAGACCUUGAUCGACGAGCGCGGUGUCAAUGUCACCCACAUCCUAACGUUCAACGAGCCUGAUGGACCCGGGCAGUAUGGCGGUAGCGACAUUGACCCCGAGGUGGCCGCCCAGGUGUGGGUGAACAACAUUGUGCCGUUGCAGGAGGAUUACAAGGCACUAAGAGUAGGGCUGCCGGCUUGUACGGGUGCUCCCGCGGGCAUGGAGUGGUCCAAGAAAUUUCUAGAGGCUUGUUCUGGUCUGAUCAGUGAGGGUGAAAAGACCAAGAACUGCACCUUCGACUUUGUCCCCAUCCACUGGUAUGGCAAUUUCGAGGGGCUGGCUAGUCAUAUGGGAGAAUAUUCUGCUGCCUUUCCCAACAAGUCCAUGUGGGUCACCGAGUACAAUCUCGCCAAUGCCAACCUACAAGAGACCCAAGCUUUCUACACAACGUCAGCGGAAUACUUGGACCGGCUGGACUUUGUCGAAAGAUACUCCCUUUUUGGCGCUUUCCGCUCCGAUGUGUCCAAUGUUGGCCCUAAUGCUGCCAUGUUGAACCGUGAUGGCGAGUUGACAGACAUUGGGGCUUGGUACCUUGGGAGACAGGCCACCGGUGUUGAUCCGAACAGUGGUAAGGGUGGUAAGGAUUCGGGUGCGGUGAGGAUGCCGACUCCCCGCCUUGUGACUUUGCUACUUGUCUCCUUGCUUGGUUUGGUGAACUUUGCGUAAUGACUGAUCGACGAAUGCAAGAUAGACAGAGCGUUGAUUCUUCCUAGAGGUAUGUAUUCUUUUUGGUGGUUGGGCUUUGUUGGUUAUUUUCUUCAAAAUCCAUACCUUAGAUAGAGCUGCUCUUUGGCUUUAGGUGGCUAGCGUAGAUGCCUGCUUGGCUAUGAAAAUUGUCUAUACCUUUAC